AUGAGCUCCAUCGAGGCGACCAUCAUCUGCAUUGACAACAGUGACUACAACAGGAAUGAGGACAUCGUGCCGAACAGGUUUCUCUCGCAGAUCGACUGCGUGAACGUGCUCUGCUGCAACAAGACGAGCAUGCACUACAAGAACAACAUCGGAAUCCUAAUGAUGGCGGGAGAUAAGACAAAAGUGAAGGUGUCCCUCACGAAUGACAUAGGGCAGCUCCUCUCCUGUAUCCACGACAUAAAGUUGGACGGCACAUGUGACAUCGUGAGAAGUUUGCUAAUAGCUCAGUUGGCGUUGAAACAUCGCGUGGAUAAGAACCUGGGUCAAAAAAUCAUGCUCUUUGUAGGGAGCCCAUUCAAAGUGAAUGAAAAGCAGCUAAUCAGUACCGGCAAGCAACUAAAGAAGAACAACAUAUGCCUAGACAUAAUAAGCUACGGAGAUAUAAACAGGAAUAGAGACAUCCUUAUGCUGCUAUAUAACAGCGUAAAUAGCAAUGACAACUGUAGGUUCAUUGAAUGUCCCGAAACGGAAAACAAUCUGAGCAGGUUUGUUCUGAAUUCUCUACUGAACAACAACGAUUACAACCUUGGGAAUAUGCAGGAGGACGACCAGCUAAUGAGUGCCAUGCAGAUGUCCUUGGAGGAAAGUCAGCAGGUAACUGACCAUAAAAAUACUUCUACCUCUCCAGGGAUUGUCUUCUGUAAUAAUAGCAGCGAUCUACCCACGAUUGAAGAGAUCGAAAAUAUGAAGGACAUAGACAAUGAGUUGAAGGAGGCCCUAAUUUUAUCUCUCAAGGAAUAUAAUGAGAAAAACAAGAUGGAGAAUGCCAACCAGGAGGGUGACGUAGAAGUCGAAGUGGAUAUGGAAGCGGAAGAAGAAGAGAAUAACCCCCCGCCACCAAAUGAAAGCAACCCAUCGGGAACAAGCCAACCAAGUGAUGACACCCCCUUCGAUGAAAAAGAGGAAGAAAAUUUCCCCCUCGUAAAUGAAAGCUAUAAAAACAACUUUGACAGUGAAAACCAUCAGAUACAGAAGGAAGAAUCCAAGGAGAAAAAAGAAAACGAAAGUUACGAAAAAGUUUUUAAAAUGGAUAAGGAGGAAGGUAACUUGCAGGAUAAUAACACACAAGGGGGGGGCAUAAAUGAGAACCUAUAUAAUUCGGAGAAAGGCGUUUCGAAGGAAAAUGAAGGGGUGGCUGUAUCGAAUGAGGAUCCCACAAAUGGGGAUGCCCCUACAGCCACGCAAAUUCAAGACACCAGUUAUAUUUCCACCAUCCUGGGUAAGAUUAACGCCACUGUGAAUGUAUUCAGCGGUGAUAAAUCCGACGCGAAGGCGAAGGAGUCGGAAAACCAGUCAGACGCUGCGUCGGAUUCUGCCUCGGGGGAGCAUCAAUAA